UUCUUAGGUCUCAUCCUCCCUUUUUAUUGCCGAGUCCAUUGCACCGUUUAAAGACUUACACACCCUAACUUCUCUCUCUUCUCUCUCCUCUUUUUCUUGAUUUAUGGCCAAAGGAAGAAGUGGACUCUUCAUUGAUUCAGAUCUAAUCACUUCUGGUUUCUUCAUACACAACCCAACAGUGCUCAAUUCUUUUCCUGAUCAACAAAUCUUCAAUUCUAAUAACAACACAAAACUUACUUUCAUGGAUUCUUCUACUGCAGCAACUGUUCCUGCUUCUUCUACAACUACUACUACUAUUCAAUUUCCUGUCAAUCUUAACCAUGAUGCUAACGAUGAUCAUCAUCAUCAUAAUCAUCAUGCUUCUUUACCGUCUGAUGAAAAACGGACGGUUAUCGAUGAAAUGGACUUCUUUGCUGAGAAAGACGAUGUUAAACCGACGAACAUCACUUCUCAUCAUCCUAAAAGUCCUACCAGAUUGGAUUUCGACGUUAACACUGGUUUGAAUCUUCACAUUACUAAUACUAGCAGUGAUCAAUCAAUGGUAGACGAUGGAAUUUCAUCAAAUAUGGAUGAAAAAAGAAGUAAAAAUGAGUUAGCAGUUUUACAAGCAGAGCUAGAGAGAACAAAAAUGGAGAAUCUAAGAUUAAGAGACAUGUUAAAUCAGGUUACCAACAAUUACAACGCGUUACAGAUGCGUUUAAUUACAAUAAUGCAAAACCGAAAGGUUGAAGAUAAUAAUGAAGAUGGAGAUGCCUUAGAAACAAAAGUUGGAAAUAAGAAACACGCCGGAAAUGGAGCAAAGGUUGUUCCCAGACAGUUUAUGGAUCUCGGUUUGGCCGCUGCUGCAACUGGUGGCGGCGGAGGCGGCGGCGGCGGUGAUACUGAUGAGCUUUCUUUAUCUUCAUCGGAAGGAAGAAGUCGUGACCGGUCAAGGUCGCCGGCAAAUAAUGUAGAGAAUAGAAGUAAUGAAGAUGGAAUGGUGUUUGAUCAAGAGAAAAAGGGUACGAUCGGAAGAGAAGAAAGUCCAGAUCAAGGGUCUCAAGAUUGGGGUUCUAAUAAGGUCGGCAGAUUUAAUUCAUCAAAAAAUAAUGUUGAUCAAACUGAAGCUACAAUCAGGAAGGCUCGUGUAUCGGUCCGAGCUCGAUCCGAAGCUCCUAUGAUAACUGAUGGAUGUCAAUGGCGAAAGUAUGGACAGAAGAUGGCUAAAGGGAAUCCAUGUCCUCGAGCUUAUUAUCGGUGCACUAUGGCUGCAGGUUGCCCAGUUAGAAAACAGGUACAAAGAUGUGCAGAAGAUCGAACUAUCCUAAUAACAACAUAUGAGGGGAACCACAACCAUCCAUUGCCACCAGCAGCAAUGGCAAUGGCAUCAACAACAUCUUCAGCGGCAAGAAUGUUACUAUCAGGAUCAAUGUCAAGUGCAGAUGGACUAAUGAACCCAAAUUUCUUAACAAGAACUUUGUUACCAUGUUCAUCUAGCAUGGCAACCAUAUCAGCUUCAGCUCCAUUUCCUACUGUUACAUUAGAUUUAACACAAAAUCCAAACCCAAACCCUUUACAAUUUCAAAGGCAACAAACUCAAUUUCAAGUCCCAUUCCCAAAUCCACAACAAAAUUAUCCCAAUGCAGCUAACCCAGCAGCUUUGUUGCCUCAGAUAUUUGGACAAGCAUUAUACAACCAAUCGAAAUUUUCUGGGUUGCAAAUGUCUCAAGACAUGGAAGGUAAUAACAGUAACAGUAAUAAUAAAUUAGGACACCAAUCAUCUCAUUAA